UCAGAGAGAAGCGUCGCAUUACACCGACCGCGUUUCCACGAGAAAGCAGCCGAAAAUGAUUCGGUUCUGACAGGCCGUCAAACAUUGGAUGUACUUUUAUUUGGGUUGUCACUUGUUUUUUUAAUAGUUUGUUCUGUAAACAUUGUUUCCGGAGUGUGAAAGAAUCAACAAGUAGUUGGAAAACUCGGAAAAACAACCAUCCUUCAGAGGAUGGAUAAAUCCACAACGAUGAAAGUCAUGGUCCCGAUUAUCAUUGCUUUGAUUCAUGUGGGUCAUGGAGCGGCAGAACUUGGGUUUGCAGCAGAGCUCCAGAACCGCACGGCCAGACAGACGAUAUGCAUGGAGAACCAGGAGUACCCUCACAAUGGCUUCUGCUGCAAAAACUGUGAAGCUGGAACUUACGUGAAAGAGAAAUGUAGCAGGAACCAGGAGAAGGGCACUUGCUCUUCAUGUGAGGUGGGCACGUAUGCCGAACACCCCACAGGCAUGGAGCAGUGUCUGCAGUGCAGCCAGUGCCACAGAGAUCAGAUCGUGGUUGCAGAAUGCACCAGCACAAGGAACACAAAGUGUGAAUGCAAACCCGGUACCUUCUGCCUUCCGGACGAGCCAUGUGAAGUGUGCAAGAAAUGCGCCAAGUGCAAAGCUGAUGAGGAAGAAGUGAGCCGUUGCACUGCGACAUCCAAUACAAAGUGCAGGAAGCGAAACUCUCCUCCGACCGAAGGUCCAACGGACAAGCCUUUGGUAUCAAAUAACACUGAUACUAUAGCGAUCGUUAUACCAAUUUUAUUUCUGCUGAUACUCAUCCCGCUUGGAAUAUAUUUCUUCUAUAAGAGACGUCAACGUCAACGUCAACUAAGUGAUGCUUCUGGUGAUCCGAAUGAAGUGAAGAUUCCUAUUGAUGAGCGCCCAAGAUCAGAAGAGGAACAAGAGAACAGCCGCAAUGCUGGAUUAGAGAGGGAAGAGGGGCAACGCCCAGAGUCCCGCCCCUUGUUGACGCAAGAAACGCAGGAAACGGGCACCAAGAGCAUACCAGUGGAAGAUGAGGACCGGGGAUUGGGCGACAGCUUGCCAAACACUACCAGCUCUUCCCAAACCAGCCUAUCUGCCCUCCCUCCUGCAGUCUACAACGAAGAAUCGCCACGAUCCAGUCCCCCAGCCCCGAGACAGACAGAGACAGUUACAGAGCCGUGGUCACGGGAUGAUGGUCCCCCCAGAAGACUUGUUCCUUUACUUGGUGAGGAGGAGUCUCUAAGCAAGAGUUUCGACCUGUUUGACACCCUGGACGUGCGGUACCACAACAAGUUCUUCCGUAGCAUCGGCGUGAGCGACAACGCCAUCAAGGUGGCCGAAACGCAGCACCCUGUGGACAAAGUCUACGACCUCCUGCGGGUUUGGAUGCAGAAGGAGGGCCUGCGGGCGAACAUCAACACGUUACUACAAGCUCUGCUAGACCUGGACCAGCGGUAUUCAGCAGAACACAUCGCCUCCAAAGCUGUUGAACGAGGCUACUACAAAUACGAGUGAUGUCUCUUCAAGACUGCAAGAUAUUUGGUGCAUAAAAAAACUACAUAAUGGAGAGGUGUAGGUCUCAUGGCGUGAACUCGAUGUCCUGUUAUGGAGACAUUGGAGAAUCACCUCUCUGUAGCGCCCACGUUGGGUUUAGAAGCCAACACUGGACCUUUUCUUGAGGAUUUACACUGGCUAGCAGCAGAGGGCGCUGAGUUCCCUCAAACGUGCAUUGUAGGGUUACUUGAUGCACUGGCCUCAGGCUUUUAAACUACAGGAUGGUCCAAAGCCUAAGUAUAGAUGUCAUUAAACCUUUGGUUUCGCCAAAUGUUCAAUCUAAAACACGUGUAUUUAGUUUUGUGCAUCAUGUGUUCACACCAGGCACAAGCUUCACACUACGUUAUCACUUCUGUUCUUAGCUACAAACCUUGUAUGAACUCGGUUACAAAUGUGCUUCAUGAGUUUAAAAUGGAUUUCAAACAAAUGUCAGGAGUUUAAGGUUUAAUUUGAAGUUCAGAACAUGGUUACUACAGAAUAUCUCAUGAAGCCAGUCUGUGAAAGGUGAUUUCGAAUUUUGUUCCCCACACAAAUCAGUUUGGCGCAAAGACGAGAUUUUUUUUCAACCUUCUCGGCCUUUCUUGCCCGUUCCGUUUUCCGUAUUUAUAUUUAAAUAAGUGAUGUAUUUAUUUGUAUUGUUUAAUUACGUAUUAUUUAUACCUGUUACCAAUAUCCACCUGCAGUAAGUGUUCCUGAAGCAUUUAUCGCGCCUUUCAGGCGGCGUGACUGAGAUGUUCACCGGGACGAAACAAAUCCGGUCCUUUCACAAGCAGAUCUUCCUGUAGUUUUUCUGUAGAUAAGAAGACAUUUCUAUAUUUACCCCGAGCGUGUCGCUUACUAAGGACACAUCAUUUCUAGUUGUAUGAAUCACAGAUCGUGUCCUUCGCUGUGGAUUUUAUGUUCCCAGCUAAUUGUCGUUUAAAGAAAGCUUGAGAGAGUACCCUGGUGAAAAAACCAGCAUAUGCUGGUUAGGUAGGUUUUGAUGCUGGUUUAUGCUGUUUUUUUGCUGGUUUAUGCUGGUCCUUAGCUGGUUUAUGCUGGUCCUUUGCUGGUUCAUGCUGGUCCUUGACCAGCAAAAACCAGCAAAGGAUCAGCUUAAACCAGCAUCAAAACCUACCUAACCAGCAUUCCAGCAUCAAAACAUACCUACCAGCAUAUGCUGGUUUUUUAGCCAGGGUACCACGGUCAGUAUCUCUUGGACGCUUGUAUCUGCUUCCACAGGUUGAAUCAAUAUCGAGGAUAAGGAGGCAUUUCAAACUUCUGCUCGCUGUUCUUGUUUUUAUAUGCGGCAGUGCACAGGUACGUGUUCUUAGUUAAAAGAUGAAGGAAAUUUACGCUCAUCCACAAACUACUCAGUUUAAUUGCGUUUUGUCUAGUAUGUACAUAGUUGUCAAGAAUUCUAUUAAACGGAACUAAUAGUUAUAUAUUUAUACAAGCCCUAAAAGCACAACGUAAUGAAGUACUGCCUAAAAACCGAACCGAAGGAACAAAUUGAAAUUAAAACGAACAAGCAGAAUAGAUGUUGAAUAAAUAAACAGGGCUUAUUAAUUCAUUUACGUAGGCGUAAAUGAACUGUGACGUCUGACUCGGCUGUAUAGCUAUGUAGCCGUAUUGGUGUAUGAAACAGUAUAUUUUCCAGAACAGAUCUCAGAUCAGCUUCACCGUUUGAAAGACUCGUAAAGCUGAAAUCAGAUCAGAACAAAAUGGCUCUCCCUCCCUUCCCCGUGUAAUUAUGAAAUUGUAGAGCUGUCGUACAGUGCAGGCACUGCCAUCUAUUGACAUAGAGUUGAAGAGCAAGAGAAAAAAACCUGCAUCAAUUUCAAGGGACCUUUUUUUCCACAUCUUAACAGCUUUUUCUUCACAUCUUUUUUUUUUUUUUUUGCACUUAAUUUAACAUUGAGUGU